AACGACAUUUAAUUUCACCCGUUACCCGUUGUUAGGACACACAGAGAGGCGGGCCAGAGCGCGAAGAGCAACUGGCAGGAAAGGUAAAGAAAACCAUGGCCACAAGUGGGGCGAGAGGACUGAUGGACACCGAAAUGGACGAAGGGGAUGCCCUCGAUCUCUCGCACUCGCUGAAUGUCAUAAUCACCAUCCUCAGGGAGGAGGAAAACAUUGAAAACGAGGAGGAGGAAGAGAAAGAGGAGGAAGAAGAGGAUGGUGGUUAUGGGGAAGGAGAAGAGGAAGGGGAUAAAGAACACGAGGAGCAGAGCAAGAGGAACCAGUUAACAGAGAGUUUGCCCAUGACAUCGAGAGUCAAUUAUUCUCUCGCCUACAAGUACCUAGAGGAAACAUAUGCAUCAACACAAACACUCUUCGAGAUGAAGCCUGACUUUGAUCUCCUCGGGUCUACUAACCAAUUGGAGUCGAGAGAAGCGGUGGAGUUGAGACUCAGAGGAGCAGCUGAGUCAGGAGGAGCGGUGGCGAAUGGGGGCGGAGUAACAAACGGGGGAGGAGCGGCGGAGUCGGGACGAGUAGCAAAGUCGGGAGGAGCGGUGGCGGAUGGGGGAGGAGCGAUGGCGUCGGGAGGAGCGGUGGAGUCAGGAGGAGCGGUGAUGGACAGGGAAGCAGCAGCGAGGUCUGGAGGAGCAGCGGCGGAUGGGGGAGGGGGGGGGGGACGGAGGAGCCACAGCAGAAGGGAAGGAGCGACGAAGUCGGGAGGAGCGGCGAAGUCAGGAGGAGCAGUGGCAGAUAGGGGAGGAGCGAUGGACGGGGGAGGGACAGAGGACAGGGGAGGAGAGGCGCACGAGGGAGGAGAGGCGGACAGGGGAGGAGAGGCGUACGGGGGAGGUGCGGCAGAAGGGGGAGGAGCGACAGAUAGGGGAGAUUAUUUGAUUGAUUGACUGAUUGGUUGAUUGAUUGAUUGAUGUUUGAUCCACUCCUCUCCCCUUUGGCGCUCCCCUCAUCC